AGCCGACUUUUUUUUAUCAUCUCAUCCCAGUCAGUUUUUCACGUUGGUUGGAAAUGAAUUAUUAAUUAAAAUUUAUCAAAUAAAUUACAACCAAUUAAAGGAGAAUCUUUAAAAGAACACGCCGCAUUACCCAGGCUUUGUGAGAAACAUGAAUUCUAUGAAGAAAAGUUGGCCAAAUGUGCUGGCGGCAUUCUUGCUCGUGACCACCACCAUCAUAUCGUCGGUGAAUUGUCUAUAUGAAGACCAAAUCAAGAAAUUCGAUUGGAAAACAACACAAAUUGGUGGUGUGAGUCAAGCCUAUUUGGAAUUGAAUGGUUUCCAACCACGUCUGCUUGUCAGCACCAGAGAAAAUGUGAUUGCUUCGCUGUGUCCCAAGACGGGUGAAGUGAUUUGGCGUCAAAUAUUUGAAACAGGUGCAAGGGGAAACAUUAAACUAUUGCAAUUGUCUUCUGCUGCCUCGGCUGGUGAUAAUACAGCAGCUGCCCGACCUGGUUCCACUAGUGGUUUUGAUUUGUUGACCGUUCAGGGCCAUGCUCCUGCUUUGGUGCGUGGUUGGAAUGCCAAUACAGGAAAUUUGGAAUGGGAAUGGUCCUUGAUGCCCAUUCAAGUGGAAAAGGCUCUUUCCUCUAUGUGGUUUUAUCGUAAUGCAAUGCUCUAUCAUGUGUUGCCCGUGUGGAAAUCCCAUUUGGAGGUUACACCUUAUUUUGCUAGUUCUGGCCAGGCCACUGGAAAUACAGCAAAGAUUACAGCCCCCUGGAUAAGUGAGGAAAAAUGUUUGCUGGCUGGCACAUAUUUGGCAUGUGUUGAGGGUAGUCAGCUGAUCAGUUUGGAUUUGACCGCCAAUCAACCACAAGUUUUAACCAAGGCUUUGGGUGAGGUUAGCGGUAAACCUUUGAAGGCUGUGGAGGGUCUAAAUGGUGUUGUCGUUGUUAAUGGAAAACUGGUAUCUGUCAAGGAUGAUAUUAAAACCUGUGAUUCUUUGCGUGCUGAUAGUUUUACCAUUGGACGCUUUAAUAAUCAAAAUGUUAUUGUUACAGCCAGUAUUAAGGAUAAGAACCUCGUCAUUGACGGUUACACUUUGGACACCUGCCAACAAGUCUCCGAACUCUCCCAUUCCCUGCUGUAUCCCGAACAUUAUGGCCCGGCUCAAAUUAAAUCAUUCGAUUGCAAAGUAAAUCGUAACUCAGAUGGUAAAGGUUGCCUCUUUAUUGCCGAUACGACGGAUGACAGUAUUUUAGCCAUACAACAAUCGAAAUUUCGUUGGACUCGAUCGGAGGCUUUGGCCAAUGUAAUUGCCACCGAAUUCAUUGAUUUACCCUUGGCCGACAGUGAGGGAGAAUUGGAAAAUGAAAUGAAGGGCAAGGCUGGUGAAGAUCCAAGUUUGGAGACCGACAUUGUCAGUGCAUUUAUGCAUCGCAUUGGCUCCCAGGUAAUGCAUUUCAAGAGUUUGCUAUUGCAUGUUGUUGGUUUGGGUGCCAAGCCUUCGGCAACCCAAAAAGCCGGCAUUGUACGCGACGCCUUUGGCCUACACAAAAUGUUAGUGGUCCUCACCAAGAGUGGCAAAGUCUUUGGUAUCGACAAUAUAAGCGGCAAACAACAUUGGCAGUUGUAUUUGAAAAAUGUUGAGGCAUUUGGAAAUGGUGAACAAAUGCGUCUACUCAUACAGCGAACAAGUAAACAUUUCCCCCUUCAAGCAUUGUGUGUUGUUGUGGCCAAAGAUAAAUUCAACGGAAAUGGUUUAUUGUAUCGUUUUAAUCCCAUCACUGGGCAAGCGGCAGAGGGUGGCCUCACACAGCUGAAUUAUAAAAUUAAACAAUUGUCGCUAUUGCCCGAGACCGAUACGGACUUUGUUAAGGGCUUGCUACUCGUCGAUGCCAAUGAUAAGAUACAGGUAUAUCCCGAAAAUGCCAAGGCAAAGGCCGAUGGUUUAUACAUUUACACAGCCAACAAGGCCAAGAGCUCGUUGAAUGGUUUCCACAUUAAAUAUGAGAAUAAUAAACUAACCACCAUCCCCCUGUGGAAUGUUGAUUUAAGUGGCCACAAUGGUGAUCAUGAAAUUAUUGCUGUUGCCUCCAAAAAUCCCAUUGAAAGAGUCCACUCCCAGGGUCGUGUAAUGCCAGAUCGUUCGGUCCUCUACAAAUACAUUAAUCCCAAUUUGGUGGCAGUCUUUACCCAGGCCUCGGAUAGCAUACAUAAAUAUUUACUUAAUGUCUAUUUGAUUGAUGUCGUUUCCGGCUCUGUGGUUUUCUCAAUGAUGCAUCGCAAAGUACGUCCCCCAUUGCAUGUUGUGCACUCGGAAAAUUGGCUAGCCUAUGCCCACUACAAUGACAAAGUUCGUCGCACAGAAAUAACCACCAUUGAAUUGUAUGAAGGCAAAACUCAGGCCAACAGCACGGUAUGGAGUUCUUUGAGUGCUCCCCCCAUGCCAUUGGUUGAACGACAAACCUACAUAAUUCCAACCCUGGUUACCUCAAUGAGAGAAACCAUUACCGAGCGAGGCAUUACAAGCAAGGAUGUCUUGAUUGGCACCUCCAGUGGUUCAAUUGUUGAAUUACCCUGGGCCUUGUUGGAUCCACGACGACCCAUCUCCUCAUCCUCAAAUGGACGUGAUGAGGGUGCCUUGCCCUAUGUACCCGAGCUGCCGUUGCCCACAGAGAAUAUGAUUAAUUAUAAUCAAACAAUACCACGACUAAAUUAUAUCUACACAGCUCCAAGUGGUUUGGAGAGUACCUGUCUGGUGGUGUCGGCAGGUUUGGAUGUCUUUGUUACCCGCAUUUCACCCUCGAAAACCUAUGAUCUACUUAAGGAAGACUUCGAUUACAUUCUGAUUUCAAUUGUUUUGGUGGUAUUGACAACUGGCUCCUUGGUGGCCAAACAUUUAGCAUCGCGCAAAUCCCUUAAACAGGCAUGGAAAUAGAUGGGGGGAGGGCAAUAUUUCCAAACAACAACAACAACAAAAUGACUUUUUUCUAGCAGCAUUAAAUUAAAUAAAAUUUUUAUAUAUAUAAAUAUUAUGUAUAUCAAUGGUUAUAUAGGAAAAUUAUAAAACAAAAGAAGAAUAAAAAACAACAAAACUAAUUUACACAACAACAACCACACACAGAGACACAUCCAUCUACACAUACAUAUUUUAUGAUUGUAACAAAA